GUUUAGAUAGUACCUCUUGGAUUCAUAUAUUAUUUUUUACAUAUUUGUUGGAUAUCCCUGCAAAUUUAAGUAUGAGUAAGUGGCAUGUAAAUAGUAGUUAUUUCUAUAUAUACAGGAACAUUGGAGAUAUUGGAUGAGAGAUGAGAGAACAUAAAAUGCAUUAAGAUUAGUGUUGGGUAGAACAUUCAUAGAAGUUAGGGAAAAACUUGACUUUCUGGUUUAAAAAAAAAAGUGCAAUGGAGAAUGGCAUUGAAAGAGAGAAUUUUUUUUGACGUUAUCACUAGCAAAUACGGGAGAUUUUGUUACAACAGGCUAAAUAAAAUCAUAUUUUAAGGAACACUGCCAACUCUAUAUGUAGAAGGCAGCAGGCAUCAUAAAGAGACAAUGAAACAUUGGUAGCAGAAGUCAGUGGACGAGACCAAUCAAUCAAGCUGGAAAAUUAGAUCAAGUUAUAUAGGUACGUCGUAGUUCUGAACGGGGAACAUUCUGAAGAUGUAGGAACGGUUCUGAAGUAAAUGUCUAAUUAACUGAUGAUGAAUUAGGUCAGAUUUGCAUGUAGUUUCGACUGGAGUUUGAAUUUAUAUCCACAUGCUUGAGGAAACAUUAUGGCAACCCAUUGGACCUAUGACAAACUAUUAGAAUCAAUCUGCCAGUUAGAUACGUUAGGGUCAUAGAGUCAGCACAGAAGAGUUCUCAAAUAUCAAUGAAAUGUAUAAUGUAUGCAUACCAGUGACUUUUUUCUGGAAUGAGUACGCAUGAAGAAGAGUCAAAGAAAAGUAUCAUAAGCACUUAUGCUCUCAUAAAUUUAGUGGAGCAUCCAAUCUUAUAUACAUCAAUUCCCAAGAAAGGGUAAACUUUAUUUCACGUUGUCAAACAAGUGACUAUCUUCAUCCCAACAAACUAGUAAUGCUAAAAUAGUCACAAAAGCAUUUUAAAAAAAAGUAAAAGGGAAACAAGGAAUGAUCAUUCUCACAUAUAAAAAGAAAAUAUGUAAAAAAAAUUACUUGGUUAUAAAAGUUACAGGUUAGAAUAAAUAGGAAAAGCAGUAACAACCUGUCCACGAAAUAAGAGUUAUAUAUUCAAAUGAUGAAGUUAAUAACCAUGGCCAUAAUAUUAUUCUUUACAUGAGUGUAGUGUCAUAUCAGAUUAAUCUUAAGAAAUCAGAGGCUUGCAAUAUAUGCCUUCACUAAUUCACAUGAAGAAAGAAUGGUGGAAUGUUUAUUUAAGAAAGUAGAUGCUAUGUGAAAAAAGUUCUACUGUUAAGAAAUUUUACCUUGCAAAAUUGUCAGAAAUUCGUUAAAAAUGAAUCUGAUUGAAAUUUCCUAACAGAAGAAACUAGUGUUUCCAAAGUUCUACCACACGAAGAUUCCAAAGUGGACCCGAACUGAACAAAGAUGGAAGAUCAGAAACUGCUUUUCGACGAUGAAAAUCCUUGUUAGGUCGCUAUGCCACUUUUAUACAGGACUCAAUGGCAUUCUGAUAAAAUGCUUGACCUGGAUCAGGAGUCCUUGAUGUCAUUAGAUCCUGGAAAAAUCUAUAUAUUUCAAGCACCUCAUGGAAAGACUAAAAAGCCAAAGUUUUAAGCCGGCCAAGGUGGCUAUGACUUCAGAUCUUCCAUUGGGAUCAGGUCUAGGAUCAUCUGCUUCUUUUUGUGUCGCAAUUGCAGCAGCUCUUCUUGCACUUUCUGAUCCCAUUGAGAGUAUCACAUUAGGGGAGAAUGAACUAAAGCUCGUGAAUGAAUGGGUGUUCGAGGGUGAAAAAAUUAUUCAUGGCAAGCCUUCUGGUAUUGAUAACACAGUGAGCUCAUUUGUAGGAAGCAUGACCAUGUUCAAAUCUGGUGAGUUGGCACACAUGAAACCUACCACACCUCUGAAAAUGCUCAUAACCAAUACAAAAGUGGGGAGAAACACAAAAGCACUGGUUGGUGGUGUAUCUGAAAGAGCUUCACGGUAUCCAGAUGCUAUGUCAUCUGUGUUUACUGCUGUUGAUUCUAUUAGCAAGGAGAUGUCUACCAUUAUUCAGUCACCCGCUCCAGAUGACAUCUCUGUUACUGCAAAGGAUGAGAAGAUAGAAGAGCUGAUGGAGAUGAAUCAAGGUGUACUGCAAUGCAUGGGAGUGAACCAUGCCUCCAGCAAGGUGCUCCAAACAACUCUAAAGGUUCAAUCUCUAACUUCCAACGAAUGCGCUUAUUUCUUAUUGAAGAAAUUACAGAAACUCAGAAGAAUCAGGCAAACCAGGCAGCGGUUGACCGGUCCGGUCGACCGCAUUCGUGCACAAAGCUUACUGUGCGACAGAAAGGUGGUCGGUCGACCGGGCCAGUCGACCGCAG